UGCCACUCAGCCAUUACACAGGUGAAACGUAUUCCUGUUAAGAGCUCUUUUCUUGUGUACAUUCCUCCUCAGCAAGCAGAUGAUGCAGCAGGAGCUCGAUGUUCAUUUUUCUUUCAACGUGGAGGAGGAGCCACACCUUUAGGAACGACAAGUGGGUAAAAGUAUGUAGGUAGGGCUGCCAGAAACAGGCACCGAUGAGGUCUGUAGCGGUAAUAAGCACAGAAUCUAAACCUAAGAGGACUGAUGCAGCAGUGUCCUUGUUCCAUGCAAGACAGCAAGAUGAGAUUCCUGUGGUUUCUGGCAUCAGGGAUCCAUUAUCUGUUCUUCCUACUGUUUUCCAUCUUCUUAGCAGUCACUGGCACGACAAUCUCCACCAAUACCGCAGUGCCCCCAGUGGCUAUCAAUGGUAGUACAUCACAGGCUAGAAGUACCACCCUGGCACCAGCAAAUCCUAAUUCUACCAAGAGUCCCUUCAGUGGCCCAACUGCACGGUCGGUCAGCACUACCAUCAGCACUGCUCCUGAACCUUCACUGUCCACCAACACAGCUGUACCUACAAGAGAAGACAUCACAGCUGUUACAGCGCUGGCCACUAAUGGCUCCCAACUAUCAAGCACAAGUGGCAUCACUGCCCCACCAAUGGACAACACUGCACUGCCAGAGGACAACCUCUCAGCUCCAUCAGCUGGAACCAGCACUAGUAACACUGCAUCAGGCACAAGUCCACAGGAACGAUCAUUGAAGUACUGGGGAAUCAUUCUGAUUUCAUUGGUGGUGACUGCAGCUGCUGUUGCUGGAUUUGUUGGUUGUUGCUUCUAUUGUAGAGUAAGGAGGGAGUUCCAGCUUUGUUCAAAUCAAUAGUUGGGUUGACAAUUUAA